AUGUUGGCUACACGACAGGUUCUCGCUGCUGCGCAGCGGCGAGCAUUAACUGGCAUGAGCAUUCGCACUAUGGCCACUGUCAGUGAUUCCCCGCUUGAUAAACAAGUUAGACAAAAUAUACACGAAAAGAACAACUUCAUCAACUACAAGAAGAUGUCCGAGAACCUCUCAAUCGUUCGACAAAGAUUAAACCGACCUUUGGCAUACGCUGAGAAGAUUCUAUACUCCCAUCUGGAUGAUCCUCAUGGUCAAGAGAUUGAACGUGGUGUAUCAUACCUUAAGCUCCGACCCGAUAGAGUUGCUUGUCAAGAUGCCACUGCUCAGAUGGCUAUCUUGCAAUUCAUGUCAGCUGGCAUGCCUUCUGUCGCAAACCCUACCACCGUACACUGUGAUCAUUUGAUUGAAGCACAAAUUGGGGGUGUUAAGGAUCUCCCUCGGGCUAUCGAUAUCAACAAGGAGGUCUACGAUUUCCUUUCUACAUCUUGCGCAAAAUACAAUAUUGGUUUCUGGAAGCCAGGUUCCGGUAUCAUUCAUCAAAUUCUUCUCGAGAAUUACGCUUUCCCAGGUGGUCUUCUCAUCGGUACUGAUUCUCACACACCAAAUGCCGGUGGUCUCGGAAUGUGCGCCAUUGGUGUUGGUGGAGCUGAUGCUGUCGAUGUUAUGGCCAACCUCCCUUGGGAGUUGAAGGCACCAAAGGUUAUUGGUAUCAAGCUCACUGGUCAACUUUCUGGUUGGGCUACUCCAAAAGAUAUUAUUCUCAAGGUUGCUGGUAUUCUGACCGUCAAGGGUGGAACUGGUGCUAUUGUUGAAUACUUCGGUCCAGGAACGAACACCAUCUCAUCGACGGGAAUGGCAACUGUCGCGAAUAUGGGUGCUGAAAUCGGUGCAACAACCUCUCUCUUCCCAUUUAACGACCGCAUGUACGAUUAUCUCGCUGCUACCAAGCGUACCGAGAUUGGAGACUAUGCUCGCACAUACGCCAAGGAACUCAGAGAGGAUGAAGGCACAGAAUAUGAUCAAUUGAUCGAGAUUAACCUUUCUGAGAUUGAGCCACAUAUCAACGGACCAUUCACUCCAGAUCUUGCCACUCCUAUCUCCAAGUUCAGCGCGGCCGUCAAGGCUAACAACUGGCCUGAGGAAUUAAAGGUCGGACUUAUUGGUUCUUGCACAAACUCCUCAUAUGAGGAUAUGUCUCGUGCUGCUUCUAUUGCUCGUGAUGCCAUGGAUCAUGGUGUUAAGGCAAAGGCUAUCUUCACUGUUACUCCAGGUUCCGAACAAAUCCGUGCUACUAUCGAGCGUGAUGGUCAAUUGCAAACCUUCGAGGAAUUCGGCGGAAUGGUUCUUGCUAACGCAUGUGGCCCAUGUAUCGGACAAUGGGAUCGAAAAGAUGUCAAGAAAGGAGAAGCUAACUCCAUUAUCUCAUCCUACAACCGUAACUUCACUGGACGUAACGAUGCCAAUCCCGCCACCCACUCUUUCGUCGCAUCACCUGAUCUCGUAGUCGCUAUGACUAUCGCUGGUUCCCUCCACUUCAACCCUCUUACCGAUAGCUUGAAGGACAAGGAUGGAAAUGAUUUCAAGUUGUCUCCACCUACCGGUGAUGGAUUGCCAUCAAGAGGAUAUGACCCAGGACAAGACACUUACCAAGCACCACCUUCCCAGCGUGCUUCAAUCAAUGUUGCUGUCUCACCAACCAGUGACCGUCUUCAACUUCUCCAGCCAUUCAAGGCAUGGGAUGGAAAAGAUGCUUUGGAUUUACCUAUCUUGAUCAAGGCUAAGGGAAAGACUACCACUGAUCACAUCUCUAUGGCUGGUCCAUGGCUCAAGUACCGUGGACAUUUGGACAACAUCUCCAACAACAUGUUGAUUGGUGCCAUGAACAGUGCAAAUGGUGAGGCCAACAAGGUCAAGAAUUUCACCACUGGUGAAUUCGAUGCCGUUCCAGCUACCGCCAGAGACUACAAGAAGAAGGGUAUCCCAUGGGUUGUCAUUGGUGACUGGAACUACGGUGAAGGAAGUUCAAGAGAACACGCUGCUCUUGAACCAAGACAUCUUGGUGGUCUUGCCAUCAUCACCAAGUCUUUCGCCCGUAUCCACGAGACCAACUUGAAAAAGCAAGGAAUGCUUCCUUUGACCUUCAUUAACCCAGAAGACUAUGACAAGAUCGACCCAUAUGACAAGGUCGACCUUUUGUGCACUGAGAUCGCCGUUGGCAAGCCAAUGACCCUCAGAGUUCACCCUAAGUCUGGCGAGGCAUUCGACAUCAAGCUUGCUCACACUUUCAACGCCCCGCAAAUCGAAUGGUUCAAGAACGGAAGCGCUUUGAACACAAUGGCAAAAGCGAAUGCAUAA